CUUCAUUUUCUCUAUUCCCUUUUUACAACAAAAGUACACCCCCCUCUCUGCUACUGCUCCCUCACUAACCUCCUUUCCAACUCAUAUUCAAAUCCCUUUUUCUUAAGCUCUCGAUUUUUUAACUAUGCCUUCGAGACUCUCCGAUGCCAUUAUUAGACUUCAUCCUGAUUUCACUUCCCUUCAAGAACUACCCGAGUCCUACGCAUGGAACCAACGUGACGAUAUUGACUACCCUUCCUUCGACUCCUCAGCCGAAUCCGUGCCGAUAAUCGAUCUUAAUGACCCUAAUGCUCUCCAAAAUAUUGGCCAUGCAUGUAGAACUUGGGGUGUUUUCCAAGUCAUCAACCAUGGUGUCUCCACUACUCUACUUGACAUGGUUGAAUCCACCAGCCGAACCCUUUUUUCUUUACCAGUUAACCAAAAACUGAAAGCUGCUCGAUCACCUGAUGGUGUCUCUGGUUAUGGUUUUGCAAGGAUUUCUUCUUUUUUCUCUAAGCUUAUGUGGUCUGAAGGUUUCACUAUUGUUGGUUCACCCGAUGAACAUUUUCGUCAACUUUGGCCCCAUGAUUACACCAAUCACUGUGAUGUGAUUAAAGAAUACAAGCAAGAAAUGAAGAAGCUAGCAGGGAGAUUGAUGUGUUUGAUGUUGGGUUCAUUAGGGAUAACAGCCAAACAAGAUAUCAAAUGGGCUGGCCCGAAAAGUGAGUUCAAAGAAGCUUCAGCUGCUUUACAAUUGAAUUAUUACCCAGCUUGUCCCGACCCAGACCGAGCUAUGGGCCUCGCCGCGCAUACCGACUCCACCCUCCUUACCAUCCUUUACCAAAACAGCACUAGUGGGUUACAAGUACUAAAAGAAGGAGUAGGGUGGAUCAAAGUCUCUCCGGUACCGGACGGGCUUGUGAUAAAUGUAGGUGACCUCAUGCAUAUUUUAUCCAAUGGCUCCUACCCCAGUGUCCUUCAUCGUGCCAUGGUGAACCGGACCCGUCACCGGUUAUCGAUAGCCUAUUUAUAUGGACCACCAUCAAGUGUCAAAAUAUCACCCCAUCCUAAACUAGUAGGCCCGACUCACCCACCCCUUUACCGACCAAUUACUUGGAAUGAAUACCUAGACACCAAAGCAAAGUAUUUCAACAAAGCACUCUCAUGGGUUCGUGUUUGUGUCCCUCUAAAUGGAUUGGUUGAUGUAAAUGAACACAAUAAUAGCGUAAAAGUUGGCUAAAAGACAACCAUAUUUUUGUUCUUAA